AUCGAGUAUGAAAAAUACGCCACAUACGUUUCAAUUAUGAGUGCGUUCAAUUUUAAUAGGAUGUCACCACACUUCAGUUUCCUUUUACACUCUGAACCACUCACCUUUGUGCUGUCAGCUUUUUAUAUUAGAGUUAAUUGAUCUAUUACCAUACUUGAGGUUAAUACGAGUUAAUUUGUUUUCUUACGUUGGUUUUUUUUAUGAUAUUUAUAUUUUUUAUGCAAUUUAUUAGCAUUUUAAAUUGUAAAAUUUUAGAUACUUAUAACUUUCAUAAAUACUGAAACGUCGUAAAAAAUCCGACGUAAGAACAAAGAUAAUGUUCUGAGCAUUAAGUUAUACCACAGGUCAGUUCACUCUAAUAUUAAAGCUAACAACAUAAGGUUGGUUCUGCUGAACAUAAAUAUGCCAUGUGGCGCGUGGGCCAGAGAGAGAAAACAAUAAUAUUGCACUGACAUUCUCUUAACAAAAAUUUUAAUUCAAAAAUAAAUGUGUAUAAAAAUCGAAAUUGUUAAUUUUUUUUCUCAUAUUAUAAUUAUAUUAUUUCUUAUUGAUGUGGAAGGUAUUAAUAAUUGAUAACUCAAUCUUAUUACAAUAUUACAUCAUCAAUGUAAACCAUACAACUAUACAAGCAUUUUUUAUCAAUAUAUUUGGAAUAAAAAUCGUAGUGGAAAAACAUCGGAACCAUCGUCAAAAUAUAACAAUUUACUACAAGGGCGUCAUUUAAGUGUUCAACAGAGAGGGGCAAAACUUACCAUAAAGAUCAACAUGAGAUGUAUUUAUAUCGUAUGGAUACUUUUUUUAAAAUUGGUGUGCUGUGAGUUAGAAGUUAGAAUUGCGGAUGGAAUUCUCAAAGGGCAAGUUCUACAGUCGAGAGAUGGACGGACUUAUUACUCCUAUACCGGGAUACCAUAUGCAAGACCACCAAUUGGAGAAUUAAGGUUUAAGGCACCACAACCAGUUGAACCUUGGAACGGAAAAUUGGAUGCCUCGAGAGAAUCGAACAAAAUAUGCAUUCAAAAUAAUGUCGCAGAUAGCCACGAAGAUUGUUUGUACUUAAACGUGUUCACUCCAAAAGUUGAUAAAAAGUUUUUACCAGUAAUGUUUUGGAUUCACGGUGGUAUGUUUUCCCGUGGCCGUGGUGGGCCUGGCAUACACGGACCUGAAUAUUUUAUGGACAAAGACGUGCUACUUGUCACUAUAAAUUAUAGGCUCGGUGUAUUAGGGUUUCUUAGUACCGAGGAUGAUGUGAUACCCGGAAACUAUGGAAUGAAAGAUCAAGUAAUGGCUUUACGUUGGGUACAAAAAAACAUCAUUCAUUUCAACGGUGAUCCUAGCCAAGUGACAAUAUUUGGCGAAAGCACAGGAGGCGCUAGUACAGGAUUUCAUAUGUUAUCACCAAUGAGUAAAGGUCUUUUUCAUAAAGUUAUACUUCAAAGUGGUAGUCCAGUUUGUAAAUGGGCUGUUUCGCCUAUUGGACUUCCUCGUAAACGCGCUCACGCGGUAGCACUUAUCGCUGGGUGUAAUUUCGAUACUUCCGAGGACAUAUUGCAAUGCUUGAGAAAACUUUCAGCCGACUAUAUUAUCGAUCUUCAAAACAGAUUAUAUGCAUGGCUUUCACAUCCGUGUAUACAGUUUAAUCCUGUCGUCGAAAAUUGUGAUUCUGGCCAAGAAGCAUUUCUCUGUCAUCAUCCUAUAUACGAUUUUAAACAAGAGUCGUUUGUACCUGCUAUUGUUGGUCUGAAUUCAGCUGAAGGUGGUCUGUUUGUGGCUUCCCUGUACAACAGCACUUCUUUGAUGUACACUGAGUUCCAGACGUAUUUCAACCGUAUAUUAUCAAUUAUGCUAUUUUAUUACCAGUACACUAGACCGGAAGAUUUAGACGAAAUCGGAGAAAGAGUGUUGAAAGAAUAUUUUCCAUCAGGAAGAUUGGACGACAAUACACAUUCGAAUGCGGUUAACAUGAUAGGCGAUGGAUGUUUUACUCACUGCAUAGUUGAUAUGGCAAAAAAAUUGUCGUCGCCAGUCUACAGUUAUUAUUACGAUUAUCAAAAUGAGUUUUCGUAUAACAAACUAUUUGGCUCAUGCCAAAAAAGUCUAGGAGUCACUCACGCGGAUGAACUAAACAGUCUGUUUAAAAAUAGUAAUUUAAACCCAAACGAUUUAAACGCGGACGAUCUCAAAGUUUCCAGACUAAUGGUCAAUAUUUGGUAUAGAUUUGCGAUUUCUGAGACUCCUACUAUUGACGGGACAGAUACCGGGACUGCUUGGCCAAAAUUUACUUACGAUGAACAAUUUAGCGUUUUACACAUUGAUUCAGCGCAACCAAAAAUCAUACAAAAUCCAUUCGACGAGAAAUAUAAAUUCUGGAACCAACUGCCUUACAAUUUUCGUCUAAAUCAAACGAUGUCACGAAAAAUAGCAGACAUAAAAACUGAACUAUAGUUUUACUAUCGUAUACAUUGGAAAUUGGAUAGUAUAAAUAUCGAGUAAAUAGGUAGCAGAGGUACUUAUUUAUGUAUUUACUAAACACUUUUAAGUUUUGAACAUUCAUGGAUUCAUACCUAUAUCUAGCACAAUACAUAUUAUAAACUAUAUUAUAUUAAAAAAAAAAAUUGUCAUGAUAUU